GGGACCCGGGUUCGAGUCUCCGCCUGGGUCACAUGUGUGUGGAGUUUGCAUGUUCUCCCCAUGUCGUCGUGGGGUUUCCUCCGGUUUCCCCCCACAGUCCAAAAAACAUGCUGAGGCUGAUUGGAGUUGCUAAAUUGCCCAUAGGUGUACUUGUGAGAGUGAAUGGUGCGUGAGUGUGCCCUGCGAUGGGCUGGCCCCCCAUCAUGGGUUGUUCCCUACCUCGUGCCCAUUGCUUCCGGGAUAGGCUCCGGACCCCCCGUGACCCAGUAGGAUAAGCGGUUUGGAAAAUGGAUGGAUGAUAAUAAUAAUACAGUAUUAAAGUACCUACACGCGGAAGUGUGCUGUUCUUCGAGCGGACGAACCCCUGAAGCUGCAUGAUGUUCUCAGUAGCGUCACAAAGUACCGCUCGUGUUUCUCAAGCUGUUGUAUUUAACCUGAAUUUUUGAUAUAUUGGGUCUUAUGGCAGUCCAUCUGUAGGUACGAAUUGUCUGUAAGUUGAAUACCCAUAAACCCGGAGGCCGCCUGUGUGUCUGAUGGUGCUGUAUGUUACUACGAGCACCGAGGUGUAAACCGGGACGUCAGUGGCAAAGUGAGAUUCAUAUCUGUGAUGGAUCGUAAAUUUGUCGCUGCACUCCUCUGUGUGAUGUGAUGAAUGCGGCUAUUCAGGAGAGCACGCAGCUUACAGUUCAGUCUGGCUACAUUUGUCAGGGAUAUGGGCAGAGUGGGCGGGAUUAACGUUCCCUGUCAAUCACUGUUUGGUAUCUGGUGAAGCAGCCAAUAGGAAGCAGGUUUAGAGCAGUGAUUGACAGCCUGUGAUUGUCCCACCUGCUCUAGGUUCUAAACUUCAGAGAUAAUUCUCAGGGAAACCAGCGCAUGUCCACAUGAGAGAAAAAGAGGGGCCACUAAUCCAACGCAUUUUUUUAAGCAUUGUUUGCAUAGCCAGUUAGCCCCCUGCCACCCCCCUCCCCUCUAUUAAACAAACAAACAAGCUGCUGGUUUAAAUUGGAGACCAAAGUCCUCACCAGUACAAACAGAGCUGAAGCAUCCUGCUGCUGCUGGUUUGGCCGGCUGAUCUUUGAACUGCGAUAGGAGUUCUGGGGGGGACUCCUGCUGGUCACGUCAGACGAGAUGGGCGGCCGGCGGCGCGGCACGUUCCAGACCGGCCCGGCAGACGCUUUUCGGAAGAUGAUGCGUAGCACCCUGAAGCUCAUGGGCAUUUCCUCAGAACUGUCUUCAGAAACUUCGCUCCCCGCAGCCCCGGCCCGGCCCGGCCUGGGCCACGCCCGCCCGCCCCCCCCAAGGCCCAGGAGUCGCGGUGCCGAGCCUGCAGGCUCCCCACAGCACGCCGGCAUGGAGGUGGGCAUGCGAGUGGUGCGUGGCGUUGACUGGAAGUGGGGCAACCAGGACGACGGUGAGGGCCAUGUGGGCACGGUGGUGGAGGUUGGUCGACAGGGCAGCACCACUACACCCGAUAAGACCGUGGUGGUGCAGUGGGACAGCGGCACACGCACCAACUACCGUACCGGCUACCAGGGAGCCUAUGACCUGCUGCUCUACGACAACGCCCAGAUCGGGGUGCGCCACUCCAACAUCAUCUGCGACAGCUGCAAGAAGCAUGGCAUCAUGGGCAUGCGCUGGAAGUGCAAGGUGUGCUUCGACUACGACCUGUGCACGCAGUGCUACAUGAACAACAAGCACGACCUGAGCCACGCCUUCGAACGCUACGAGACGGCGCACUCCCAACCUGUGAGCCUACCGCCCCGACAGAACCUCUCCAGGAUCAUCCUGAAGGGAAUAUUCCAGGGAGUGAAGGUGGUGCGAGGACCGGACUGGGACUGGGGCAACCAGGACGGAGGGGAGGGCAAGCUUGGCAAGGUGAUCGACAUCCGCGGCUGGGACACCGAGUCUGGCCGGAGUGUGGCUAGCGUCACCUGGUCCAACGGUACCACCAAUGUCUACAGGAUGGGCCACAAGGGCAAAGUGGACCUCAAAUACGUGUCGGACAUAGCAGGGGGUUAUUACUACAAAGAUCAUCUCCCAAAGCUGGGGGAGCAUGCAGAGCUGCAGAGACAGGAGAGUGCAGAUGGGCACACAUUCCAGCAGGGGGACAAAGUGAAAUGUCUCUUGGAGGUGGACAUCCUCAGGCAGAUGCAGGAGGGGCACGGAGGCUGGAACCCCAAGAUGGCCGAGUAUAUCUGCAGAAUAGGGACAGUGCACAGGAUCACAGACCGAGGGGACGUCAGAGUGCAGUACAGCAAUAAUAUCCGCUGGACUUUCCACCCAGGAGCCUUAACCAAGGUAAACACGUUUGGGAUCGGCGACCUGGUGCGAGUCCUGGACGAUAUCGACACGGUGAAGCGUCUCCAGGCAGGACAUGGCGAGUGGACAGACAGCAUGGUGCCUGCUCUGGGUCAGGUAGGCAAGGUGCUGAAGGUGUACGCUGACGGUGACCUCCGUGUGGCUUUCGGUGGCCAGACUUGGACCUUCAACCCAGCGUGCCUGUCGGCCCAGCCGGUGGAGGUAGACGCCAACCUGAUGACGGCCGAGAAUCCCAGCGAAUCAGGAAGUAAGAAGCCGGGGGCGGGCCCAGGGCGCAGCGCCUGCCACCGUAGCUCUCCCUCCUCAUCCAGUGAGCUUUGCACAGUGAUCUCGGUGCUGGAGAAGCUGCUUUCCCAGUCCACAGAACAGGACCACCCCGGCAGACUGGUGAUCGAGGCUGCCCACGGCAACUCCGCCAAGGUCCGGGAGCUGGUUCAGAGACACCCUGACAAGGUGGACAUUAAGAACCAGGGUAAGACGGCGCUGCAGGUGGCUGCUCACCAGGGCCAUAUGGAGGUGGUGAAGGUCCUGCUCCAGGCCAACAGCAACAUCGAGGUGAAGGACGAGGACGGCGACACCGCACUGCACUACACAGCUUUCGGGAACCAGGCGGAGAUUGCGAGGCUGCUGCUUAGCAAAGGAGCCAAGGUGAAUCUGCUGAACAACUCCAUGUGCACCGCCCUGCACAUCGCCGUCAACAAGGGCUUCACCGACGUGGCACGGGGGCUCCUGGAGCACGCAGCCGACGUCAACCUGCAGGACUCCUAUGGAGACACGCCACUGCACGACGCCAUCGCAAAGGACUUCCGGAACAUCAUCGAAAUCCUCACUGUCGUGCCCAACAUCGACUUCACCCAGCAAAACAACCGAGGCUUCAACCUGCUGCACCAUGCCUCACUGAAGGGCAACAAGCUGGCGACGGAGAUGAUUUUGGGUCGUGCACGCCAGCUAGUGGACGUGAAAAAGGACGACGGCUUCUCCGCUCUUCACCUUGCUGCACUCAACAACCACAAGGAGGUGGCUGAGAUCCUUAUCAAGGAGGGACGCUGUGACGUCAACAUCCGCAACAACCGCAACCAGACGCCGCUACAGUUGGCCGUCACACAGGGCCAUGGCGACGUGGUGCAGCUGCUGGUAGCCGAGGGCGCCGACGUCAACGUGGAGGACGAGGACGGCGACACGGCAAUGCAUGUGGCGCUGAGCCGGCAGCAGCUGGCCACGGCUGCUGCCUCCACUGAGGGAGAGGGUUCCUCCCUCUAUUCCCGGCUUAACACCUCAGGCUUGCUGGGCAACAUGGAGCUCAACGUGGGCGUGGCCAUCGCGUGCUUCCUGGCACAAGAGGGGGCAGACGUCAACUACGCCAAUCACAAGGGCAAGAGCCCGUUGGACCUGGUGCCGGAUGGCGCCGUGUUGCAGCUCAUCAAAAACUUCUCUGAGAAGCACAGGCUAGCACAGCUGCAGUCUGUAUCAUGUGGCACGGGCAGCGGCAGCAGCAGCCUGCGACGAGUGCACACCACGCCCAACACCAUGACCAACCUGGCCAUGCCCAACGCCCCGGGCCCCACCGAGUGCCUCAUCUGCUCCGAGCUGGCACUGCUGGUGCUCUUCUGUCCCUGCCAGCACAGCGUGGCCUGUGAAGAGUGCGCCCAUCGCAUGAAGAAGUGCAUCAAAUGCCAGGUGACCAUCACCAAGAAGAUCCGGCAAGACCAGACAGAGGUGGAGUGCAGCCCCAGUGCAGAGACUUCAGAGCAGCACCAACUCCUGGAGCAGCUGCAGUCACGCUACCGGCAGAUGGAGGAGCGCAUCACCUGCCCCAUCUGCAUCGACAACCACAUCAAGCUGGUGUUCCAGUGCGGCCACGCCUCCUGCAUCGACUGCAGCGCCGCCCUCAAGACGUGCCCCAUCUGCCGGCAGGCCAUCCGCGAGCGCAUCCAGCUUUUUGUGUGAUUUGGCCGUCAAAUGUGCCCCCCCCCCCCGAACACCCCCAUCCCGCUCACGCCGCUCUGCUGCGGGGUAAGAACGCUGAGCACCCGUGUCCGGAGUGCGCCCCCACCCCUCCGCUGGCAUCCUGAAGGAACCAAGGCAGGGUCGUCCCACUUUGGAUCCGAGCCUGCCCCCACAUUCCUGCAGCCGACAGGUCACCCAGAAGGAGUCGCCAAGCUGUGCAUUAAGAGGCUUCAGAGGACACUCGUCUGUUACGCCGUCUCCCCAGCGAGAACGUCGCUGGACGGAGACCCCAUCAAUCUCAUCCAUCAUCUUGUUUACAGAGGCUCUGACAAGUGAUAAUGACCCCCCCCAACCUCUGGUAUUUGUCUGAUUUUACUCAUUGCCCUUGUCUCACUCAUGGUCAUUUCUGUAAUUGUGUAUAUAUAUUGAAACAUGCGCACAUAUAUACAGGUGUGUGUGCAUAUUGUAAGUACAGAGCUUGUAUUAUUUGUGGUUAAAGGUACCAGUUACCUGUUUAUUUAUGUCCCAAAGGGUUUCCUAUUUAUGUGAAUCGUGUUCUUCUCCUAUUCACUCUGUAGAAACGCUCUGAACCUGUUCACCCCACCAUAUGCUGCUGUACUCAGGGUUCUGAAUCACAAAUCUGUCUAAUCACACCUGGCAUCUUGGACAGCGUACAAAUCCAAGCUAAAAGAACCCCCCCCCCUCAGUUUGGUUCAUGCUCACAUUUGAAAAUGUUUUAUUUGGUAGGGAAGGCCUCUUGGCUUCAGGCGCAAUGUGACUGACGUGAAAAUGGCCGCCGCAGGCCACCUGCGCAGAUUCCCACAGUCCUGUGAUGCCAUCCUGUUGUGUGGGAGCAUUAUUAUCUUGACAGCCGUAUCUGGAAAGGCCUUGGAUUUUACUGACACCCCUGACUGUCUUCACCUGGACUUCACCGCCACUGCACACACAUCAGGCUGAUCCACGCGGCAGUGUGACGGCGGUGUCGCAUCCGUUCAGCCAGAUCCCAGGAGUCCGGGCCUCCACGCUUCAGCUGCCUCUCUUACGUCGGUAGUCGAGAUUCUCGGCGUGCAUCGCAACAAAUUAGCAUGCCCUGUAGCCGCCGUGAGCUAAGGGGAGCCCUAAACCCCUUACCUGCAGUUGCGUUUUGCACAGCUGGAAAGUUGUUUUCUUUUUCUAAAACGUAAAAUAUAACGCACCAAAGCUGAAAAAUGCAGUCAGACGUAUGCAAAGGCUACUUUCUGUCACACAGUGUAAAGCCAAAGGUGCGUCCAUUUGACAGCCUUUGAAUGAAAUUUCAUUUUCUGUAUUUUAUUUUUAUUGUAAACCUUAUGCAUAAGGACUUAAAAGGGCAAAAUAUUUGUUUUGUGUGUGUCUGUCCUGGACAGUUUCUUUUCACAGAGGAAGAGGAAGAAGGUCCUCCCCAGAAUGAAAAUAAUAUUAUUCAACCACAAGAAUUUACACAGGCACAUUUUCUUUAAGAAGGGCUGCUGUAGAUAUAUACAUCUUUUUUUUUCUCAUGCUCAAUUUUGUGUGUUGUAGGGGCUUCACAGAACUGUCGCCUCCGCCUUGCUUGUUGGGGGUUCGGGCCGGUUAAAGUGCUUUGUGAUAACUGUUGUUAAAAGCACUAUAUAAAUAAAAUUGAAUUGAAUUGAAUUUUGAGGAAAAAACAUCAGUGUCUGACAUCAUAAGCUGUUUUAGGGGCCUUUUGUUGGAGGUUAGUAAGGACAAGUGGUGAAUUCAGUUUACCUUGAAGCCGUACUGCACCAGUGCCAAAUCCAACGUAGUGGGGAUGCCAGGGAUGUGCAAAGUGCGCUGAGCCCAUGUGAAGGACGCUUCAUUUACCCUGCUUAUUUACCCCAAGUGAAUACACCUCCAUCAGGAACCUAACAGACAUUACUUUAAAUUUUGUGUUAACAGAAAUAAAAUUGGAUGUGCAAAUAAAUGAAUGCAGUAUGUGUUGAAAAGGUGGAUGGAAUGUACAUUAACGGGGGGAAAUCCUUUGUACCUCACAGAAUGGCUAAUAGUAGUGAUUUUGGUGGCAUGGCCCAGCCAACAAGUUAGAAUCAGGCAUAAUACUGGGGAAAUAACUGAAUCCCAUAGUAUGUCUUUCCAAAGCAGUCCUCUUGUUUUCCCGAAUAAUAUGUCCUCUAUUAGUCCCCAGAGUCACUUCUUGCUUUUCUUUUUUUGUGCACCCGCUUUUAAGGUGGUGCAGUUGACUGAGAGGAGGCUGAUUUACUGUACUGGUGAAUUAGAAGUGAACUUCGGAGGUUUGCAGUAUUAUAGAACCUAAACACGGGGUCAGAAACCAUUAAUAAUUAUGACUAUCAAAACACUUUAUUUUUCAAGUAUUGUUUCUCAUCAUACUCCUUUUUGUUGGAGGCAAUUAUUUAAACUACAAACGUUAUAUAGUUGGUGUUUGUACAGCAUUUUUAGUUCUGCUGUUGGCCUUACUGAUAAUUCCUUUUGUUUUAUUCUGUAAAAUACAAUUUUGCAAUAAAUAUGGAAAUGUUUUAUAAGAA